CUCAAACCAAAUUCUCUUCACUCCUAACCAACAAAAAAAAAAAUCAACUUUCUUCUUUCUCUUUCACAUCAAAACUCUUUUUGUAUCUUCUCUCUUCAUAUUCAACACCAAUAAACAAAACUUUCUAAUUGCUAGUUUCUGAGGAAAUGGAUUAUGAGCUAUCAAGAAUUGGGGAGAUAGUAGAAGAUUCAAAGCAGAUUGAUUUGCCAGCUGGCUUUAGAUUUCAUCCAACAGAUGAAGAACUCAUAAGCCACUAUCUGAGACCGAAAGUUCUAAACACCUUCUUCUCCGCUAUAGCUAUCGGUGAAGUCGAUCUCAACAAGGUCGAGCCUUGGGACUUGCCCUGGAAGGCUAAGAUUGGUGAAAAUCAGUGGUACUUCUUUUGCGUAAGGGAUCGGAAAUACCCGACUGGUUUAAGGACGAACCGGGCUACUAAGGCCGGUUAUUGGAAAGCUACAGGCAAAGACAAAGAGAUCUUCAAUGGCAAAUCUCUUGUGGGUAUGAAGAAAACUUUGGUUUUCUACAAAGGAAGAGCUCCUAAAGGAGUAAAAACCAAUUGGGUCAUGCAUGAAUAUCGCUUAGAGGGCAAAUAUGCCGUGGACAAUCUCCCUAAGAACGCUAAGAACGACUGGGUUAUUAGUCGUGUUUUUCAGAAACGGGCAGAUGGUAAGAAGAUGCAUAUCUCCGGUUUAAGGAUGCUCGGUUCAGGAAUUAACCAAUCUAAACCGGUCGGUUUACCUCCGCUGAUGGAUUAUUCUCCGUACCUCCAGAACGGAGGAGGAGACUCUUUCGCCGGAUCGUUGUCUCACGUGACCUGCUUCUCCGACCAAACAACCGAGGACAAGAGUCUCCUCUCCGAGCCAAAAGACGAAAUUAACCUUACCAUGUUCGGUUCUUCAUUGGCACCCUUGAUACCGAACAUUGGUUCUAUGCUAUACUCUGAUCCUGUGUUUCUGAAAGAUAAUUCGUCAAUAUUGAAAAUGUUGCUUGACAGUGAAGAAAUCCAUUUUAAGGAGAAUCUCCAGGGUUUAGGUACAUCGGAGAAUGAACUGACCGCAAGUUCAUGGCAAGGUCAUGAUCCUUCUGGUUCGGCUGGUCCGGUUAUGGUCGAUUGCUUUUGGAAUUUCUGAAUUUGGAAACUGGUUCAGAUUGAAAAUUGGGGUAUAUAUGGGGAAAACAAUUAGGGGGUAUCUUAGGGUUUUAUAGUGUUUGUGUUAUGUCAUAUGUGCUUGCUCUCGAUCUUAGACUCUUAGGAUAUACAAAAAUAUUGAAAGACUUUUGUAACAUUUUGUAAAAAGGACUGACAUGUAAAAAUCGAUACGCUUAUCAUCUGGAAUCCAUUUA